AUGGAAGAGGCAAGCAGACUCCUGUCCACGAUCGACCUUGAUGAGUUCACCAUUAAGGAAGUGCAGAAUGGCUGGGAGACCACCGAGAAGCGCCUGGGAGGACCGAAGGCUGCUGGCGAGGAGGUGUUUGGGAAGCUGAAGGCUGAAAUACCACGGACUGGGGGCAUGCUGAAGCGAUCCAGCACGGUGUGGCAUCUCUUGACCGAGUUGCUGCACUGCCUUGGCCAGCCAAACGUGGUCCAGAAGAAGCUGGAGUACAUCGCCCUACGCCACAUGAACGCGGAUAUCACAACGGCUGACGUCGAGGUGUUCCGCAACAUCCUGUUUGAAGUGUGUGCCUCAAAGCUUGGUGGCCUCAUGACUCCAGAGUUUCAAUUUGGCCUUGGCCAGAUCGUGGUGUCCGUGGGCACCUCGUUGGCCAAGACCCAUGAGCACUACGCGAAGCGGUUGAAGCUGCUGACGACCUGCUGGAAGGAAGUGAAUGCCACCGAGGAAGAUGAGGCCGAGGACCACCACGCCGAACAGGAAGGGAAGGAAGCCACGGAAGGUGAGGAGGGUGAGGGCGAGAAAGCCAAGGAAAAGAAGCAGGCCGGGGGCCAGGGUGAAAGUGCGAACGCAGAGAAGGGCGACCAGGAGGGCGAGGAACGGCAUGGAGCGUGGAAGGACAACGACAACCUGAACAUCCCCAAGACCUUCGCAGCCAUGGCCCGUUUCAACGCCGCUGUCAUGGGCACGGGAGACCGCAUGUGGUUUGCUGAUAUGCUCUACGCCAUGGAGUCUUUGGUUCCCUACAUUGGCAACAUCGACCGUGUACAAGAAGACUGCGAUGUGCUGAUGCUGACCUUGGCAAAGUAUGACAAGGUCAACCUCAAGGAGUUCCGCUCUGUCAUGUUUGCCAGCCUGAGAUCACUGCUGCCCACCACCUGGAGCUCAGACCACGAGAAUGCCUGGGCCUGGUUCUGGGGCAUUGUGGAGAAAAAGGUCGAGGAGAACAAGCACAUGCCCAUCCACAACCACCAGUGCCUCCGGACGUUUCUUGCUGGCAUGGACGAGGUCACCUUGGAAGACUUCAAGCUCAAGGUCUUCGACACCUUCUUUGCCACGACCGAGGAGUCGCAGCUCUAUCUUCGCGCGGCCAACAAGCGCCUGAUGUACAUCAUGGGAAGGAUCUUAACCAUCAUGUCCGACAUCUACACCAAGACCCACCAGGCGGUGAUCGCACUGUCGGCCCUGGGCCUGCUGCACGCCGGGCAUGGCGUCCCGGAGGAUUUGGUGCGCCCUUUCGUCCAGGCAUUCAUGGGAGGCAUCAAGAACAACUGCCCGGACGAGUCUUUGCAUGACGGGCUGUGGUGGACACUGGACCUGAUCGGCAGGAUCUUCAUCCGAACCUUGGCGGAGGGCUCCACACCAGUCAUCAUCGCCAUCAACAGGAACACGUCCAAGGCGAUGCAACUGGCCGUGGCGAGUGCGCCGCGAGGUGAGCGCGAGGUGAUCCUGCUUAAGGUGCAGGUCGGCACCGAAUCCAUGUCUCCUUUGAUCUGGGCCGUGGAGAAGGGUGCUUUGGAGUCCGCCAAGGCGAUCCUGGACGAUUUGCUGACGAUGCGGGCAGACCGAGCGCGGUAUUACUUUGGAAUGGAGGCUCUGUGGAACCGCCAUCCAGACAUCAUCAGCUUGCUCUGUACCAAGGCGCCAUCACUUCUCUCAACGCUUUUUGAUGGCCUUAUCUGGCGGUCCAAGAACGUCAAGAAUGGUAUGCGCCGCGCGAACUACUACAUCGCUUCCAUGAUCGUGGACGAAAACGGAAACCUUACCGACUCGCUGCUGGACUUGAUCAAGCAGGGAGACCCCGAGAUCAUUUGCCACCCGGCGGUAGUCUUCCAGGCCGAUCUGCUUUGGACCCGGCUCUGCUGCAUACCCUGGGCCAUGACGAAGGUCUGGUUCUGCGCAACUCUCGUGUUGUACAUCAUGGCAGAGCAGCAAGCCAUCUUCCAGACCGACCCGAUGAGCACUGAUCGCUUCACCGUGGUGGCUUGCAGGGUUCUCUUGUACGUCUGCAGUCUCGGCCAACUCACCGCCAAGCAUGGAUUCCAGACCUGGAGGGCCAUCCGCCAGAAGCAGAUGACCCGCUUUUGGUGCCUGCCGGUGCCCAAGUACGUGCUGCAGACGCGCCAGGAGCUGAUAGAGGUCAUCCUCCUGCUGAUGUUGAUGUGCCUUCUGUGCAUCGAGCCCUUCCUCCACUGCCUCGCAGUGAGCAGCGAACUCCUCAUCGAUUGCUGCGAGUUUGGGGAAUGGCAAUGCAACCUCACAAGGACCUACAACCGCCUGGCGGCUUUCCCGAUGCUCCUCUACUUCGUCCUGGCUUCCGAGCUGGUUCACCUCAACGUCCACCUCUCCGUCUUCAGCGUCAUCUGCUCGAGCCUGAUGUGGGAGUUCCUUCUCUAUGUGGCAGUCCUCAUCUUUUUCACCGCAGCGUUCGCUUCGGCGGUGGCCUGCCUACCUGCAGGCUUGGGUCUUGGCUCGAUUCAGAUGCGCGACUUCUUCAGCUGGCCCUUGGCGUUUGAGUCCAUGCUGUCCAUGGCCUUCAACGUCUACGGCGGCAACAACUAUGAAGAGAUCGCGCAGUCCGAUGAGCCCAUGCUCAAGUGGUUUGUCAUGGCCUUUGCUGCUUGCUGGCAUGUGUAUCUGAUGAACUUAAUGGUGGCUCAGCUGUGCCAGCGCUACAACGAGAUCUUUCACGACGCGCGGGGAAACGCUCGACUGACACGCGGCAUCAACAUCUACGAGACGUCCAUGCCCUUGAUCUCAAAGAAGCGGUGGAAGGCCUUCGUGGACUCGUUGCAUCUGGAUGAGGCUUGCGAGUUAGACGAGGGCGACAAUGGUCCACGCGGCGCGGUCCCGACAACCGAGGAUCCCUACGACUACCUCCAGUACCCCAAGGUGACCCUAGAUCGCGUCCAGCGCUAUGGUGGCCUCGCCAACCCCGCCUUGCCCUGGCCAUCGCUGGACGAAGCCGUCGAUGACAGCGCCGUCGGGAAGCUGACGCGGAUGACGCAGCAGAAGUUCGAGGAGAUGGACCGGCUCAUGGUGGACAUGGCGAUCAAGCUCCAAGUCCGCUCGGCAGCCUCCGCCGGAGGCACGGACAAGUUUUCCGCCCUGCACGCCCCUCCGGGAUCUCAGCAAGUGGAUGCCAGCAAGCAAGACCACGGCGAUCACGAGCAUCCGGAGCAUGAGGGGACCGCGAAGGAAAGCCUUGACGAAGAGGUGAACUUGAACGAGAAGACCGAGAAGAACGAACUCGUGGAGGAGCGCACAGAGGAGGGAGAACCCUUGGCCGACACCCCCUACGGGGUCAGCAAUUUCAAGAGCACCUCACCAGUCAGAGAGCUGCGUAAAGAUGCCCGAUGCAUGCGAUCUGCGGCCAUAGAGGUGGAGGAUGCGGGAGGCAUGACGCAGGCGCUGAACAACAGCAAGACAGCCGUCCUGUCCUUCAUUGCGCGCCCCAUGGGGAGGCGCCUCGCGGGACGCCUCUUUGCGAAGCUCCUGUGCCUAGACCUACAGUUCCAUGCCAUGCGCCGCACGGGCGAAAUCCUGCGCAAGCUGGAGCGCCCACCCCGCGCGGUCGACACACUGCUGCGAGCCCUGCUCUUCACGCUCCUCCCGAUCUUCUAUGAGCUCGUGGUCGUUUUCUUCCUCCUGCUCUCUCGUGCAGGCACGGAUGUGGCUGCCACCAUCCUCUGCACGGCUGGGACCUCACUCAGUCCAGCUUGCGAGCUCUUGGUAGGGAGUUAG